CCAAUGACUUUUAAAUUUUCCAUGUGUAUAAAGACACUCUUCCAGAAUCUCCAUCUUCAUCUUCUUCAUCACACACAAACAAACACAGUUAAGAAUAACUGUUGAAAGUGAUUCAUCAAUGGCGAUUGCUUCCAUGUUGUCCUUCAUGGCGGAUUGGUCCACACCCACUGUUCUUUUUUGUGUUCUUAACAUCAUGAUCGCCACCAUCUUUAUAGCUUCAAACUACAAGUCUCCAAACAAUAAUCAUCAUGAUAAUACACCGAGUCAACUCACUCGAUCACCUUCGUUGCUGGAACGAGUCAAGCCUGUGAAUUUUUCAUCUUUCUACACCACCCCAGAAUCACAUGACCAAUAUCAAGUUCAUUAUGAAGCAACCGAGUAUGACUCGGCGAGUCAGCUCAGUCAUCGCCCGUCUCUUUUGGAACGAGUUAAGUCCUUUGAUUUCUCUUUCUCCUCUUUCCAUAACUCAUUACCUGCUGAGUCAGAGCAGCUCAGUGACUCGCCGAGUGAAGGAACUCGGACUCAUUCGUUGAUGGACCGAGUCAAGUCGUUUAAACUCAGCUCGCCUUUCAAUUCGGAUCAACACUCCUGCGACACGCCAUCUUGCAAAGAUGAACAGUCCCAAAUCGACCCACAUCAUGAUUCAGUUGAAGACAAUAAUGUCACAAAUGUAUCGAAAAAGUCUGGGAUGGCUUCGGCAAAUAGGUCACCGAGCAAGUUAAGGAAAUCAGGUAGUGAGAAGAAGGUGACGGCAGCACACGACAAGGAAGAGGUUGAUGUCGGGCAGCCACAGCCAGCAACAAUGAAAAAGGCAGUUCCGGAGCAUGAUGAAAGUGUAGAUGCAAAAGCUGACGACUUCAUCAAGAGGUUUAAGCAGCAACUAAAACUACAAAGACUUGAUUCUCUUCAAAAAUUGAGAGAAAUGUUGAAUAGAGGAACAUGAACAUCUUCUCCUUGCUUGAAAUAAACAGUUUCUUGACAUAAUUGCCCUUGAUUAUUAAUAUUUUUUUAAUAACAACAUUUACCCCUA